AAACCUGUCAAUAACUGCAGGCACUAUCUCGAUGGCCAUAGUGUUUAAAAGGGAUUCAUCGCUCAACUGGUGACAGAACUCAGGAUCUCAGGAAAACAACAAUGAAUGUUUUAACAUUUAAAUAUCUAUUACUCCUCAUUGGACUGCUUGGAGCACAUGCUCGGUCUUCCCUAAGUGAAAGUGCGAGUGAAGAAGAGGGAUCUGGUGAAGGUGAAAAUGGAAUAGAUGAUAAUGGAAUAAAAGAUGCUGAUGAUGAACUCGAAAAAAUGCCAGAGGAAAGAGAAAAACCUGAUAAAGAAGCUAAAGGUGUGCUAAUUGAGGGAGACGUAUUAGUAUCAGACAGCAAGGUGAGGAAUGCUGCAGUCGCUCCAAAGUUGUGGCCUGGUGGUAUCGUAUAUUACAAAAUUGAUAACACAAAGUUCUCAAGUGCAGUUGUUGACAAUAUCACACUGGCUAUGAGUCAAAUAAGUUCUAAAACACUGAGGUGUAUAAAGUUUCAAGAAAGGACAGUGCAGAGAAAUUACAUCAAUUUCGUCAAAGAUGAUGGAUGCUUCUCAGAAAUAGGAAUGAAAGGAUUGGAUCAGGAAUUAUCACUUGGAACAGGCUGUAAUCAGGUUGGUACAAUGAUGCAUGAAAUACUCCACGCUAUUGGGGUGUCUCAUCAACACACCAGAAACGAUAGAGAUGACUAUGUUAAAGUUAAUUGGAGCCAGAUUAAAGCAUCAGUGAAAGUCAACUUCGAGAAGAGGGACAAUGACAAUGAUACUAAUGUUCCUUACUGCUUCAACAGCAUAAUGCAUUAUGGCAACUUUGCGUUCACUUCAAGAAAAGACGUUAAAACAUUAACUUCAAAGACAAAGCCUUCAAUGACAUUUGGUCAAAGGGUGAAGUUAGAGAAUUGUGAUAUUAUGUAUCUAAAGAAGUUGUACCAAUGCGGCAGAGGAGGAUCAGGUAUACCCAUCGGGACCAGUUCAAGAUCAUCUUAUUCAAGACCUUCCUCAACAAUUCCCAGAUCAAGACCAUCUGGCUCAAGCCCUAGAAAAACUGCUUUUGCUGGAGAAAAAUAGACAAUCAUCCCAGGCCUCUGACAAAUGUGACCAUACUGAUUUUACGUGUAUUCUUAUACAUCAGAUCUUUUACAAUAAUCAUAUUAACAUUGCAGACCAAUGUAGUUUUCCUAUUUGUAUUUUACACAUAUCUAACAUCAUUCUUUAAGCUUUCAGCUGUCAUCUUGAUAAUUUCUUCUCAAGCAGAUUUCGUUGUCCCUAAACAUCAGCAUAUAAAGUUUGAUCCAAAUCCAUCCACUGGUAUUUGAGUUAAAAAGAUUACCUUUUUCCAAAAGGUGGCAGCCAUAUUAAACAGUGACC